UCUAAAUAAGUGUUUUAUCAGUCAAAAUAGCGGUGUAUACAUGUAAAUAUUUAGACACAAACGGUAUUUUGAGUUCAUUUCUGUUUAACUAGCCGCGCUGCCUCGAUGAUUCUGAGCGUGAUUUGUUUGGUCUGGUAAAACGCGGCUUGUUUGACAAUCAGGGAAGUGGCUCAACAUGAACAAGUUUCACUUAUUUACUUCUUAAUCCAAGACCAACCUGUACCAAUUUCAGAAACUUUUUGACUUUAACCGGAAUAAUGGCGUCUGUAAUGGAGGAUCCCACGCUUGAAAGACAUUUUAAAGGUCACAAAGAUGUUGUUUCCUGUGCCGACUUCAGCCCCAAUAAUAAACAGCUCGCUACUGGAUCCUGUGACAAGAACUUAAUGAUCUGGAACCUCACUCCUAAAGCCAGAGCAUUCAGGUUCGUGGGUCACACAGAUAUCAUUACAGGAGUCCAUUUUUCUCCAAGUGGUUCCUUGGUGGCAUCUUCAUCCAGAGAUCAAACAGUUCGAUUGUGGACGCCCAGCAUAAAGGGCGAGUCGACUGUGUUUAAAGCUCACACAGCGAGCGUUCGUAGCGUUCAGUUCUCCAGUGAUGGCCAAAGGCUGGUCACGGCUUCAGAUGACAAGUCUGUGAAAGUAUGGGGUGUCGAACGUAAGAAAUUCCUCUACUCUCUCAGUCGGCACACCAACUGGGUGCGCUGUGCAAGGUUUUCACCAGAUGGUCGUCUUGUUGCUUCUUGUGGUGAUGACAGGACGGUUCGCCUCUGGGAUACAUCCUCACGUCAGUGCAUCAACAUUUUCACAGACUACGGAGGGUCAGCAACAUUUGUGGACUUCAAUUCCAGUGGCACGUGCAUUGCAUCAUCAGGAGCAGACAACACAUUAAAAAUCUGGGAUAUUCGUACAAACAAGUUAAUACAACAUUACAGAGUUCAUAGUGCAGGGGUCAACUGCUUUUCCUUUCAUCCAUCUGGAAACUAUCUGAUCAGUGGUUCAAGUGACAGUACGAUGAAGAUCUUAGACCUCCUGGAGGGGAGGCUCAUUUACACCCUUCACGGCCACAAGGGUCCAGUGCUGGCUGUGGCGUUUUCUCGAGAUGGAGGUCUGUUUGCUUCAGGCGGUGCUGAUUCUCAGGUUCUGAUGUGGAAGACCAACUUCGAUUCGCUGAAUUACAGAGAUCUGUUGAGCAGGCACAGCAGACGAGUCACUCCAGAUCCCCUUCCACACUUGAUGGACAUUUACCCUCGAUCACCUCACCGACAUAAUGCUCAGAAUGGCACAGUAGAGAUUAAUCCCAUUGUUGCUGAUACUCAGUCUGGUGACCCUCAGGUGGUAGAAGUGGGACGUGUUCUUUUCUCCACAGCGGAUGUAAGAAGCCAUGACAGAGCAACAAACGGCAGAGAUCAGCCCAUCUCAGGUCCAGGUCGAACUCAUACGCGACACAGAGAAGAGGAGGAUGAAGACCAAGAAGAAAGGUUUGCUGGCGGCAUGACAGCAUCUAGAGAGGAGCGCUCGGGUAUCCAAUCAAGCCUUACUAGCACUCUGGAGAACAUAGUCCAGCAGUUGGACAUCCUGACCCAGACCGUUGCCGUCCUCGAGGAGCGUCUUACUCUGACUGAAGACAAAUUGAGGACUUGCUUGGACAACCAGGUCCUGCUUCUGCAACAGACGCAUCAAGUGGAUGGAUCAGACGAGGAAGCCGAGGGAUCGUCUGUGUGAAGGAUACCCAACCCCGGUGGUCCUCACUUCAGUGGUAACUUCCGCUGGCCUGCAGGGGGGGACAUGCCAAAUCCCUCUUUUUUUCAUUUUAGCUUAAAGACAUCCAGCUGUGUCAUUCUGAAUAAGAACACUGGACUUAACAAUGCAAAAAAAAAGGACACAAGAUGAAAAGACACAAAGCAGGAUGAGGGAGGGGCUGGAUGGGAUUUGAGGGAUCAUACAGCAUUCUCACCCAAAAGUCAUGGUAAGAGGACAGCUGCGGUCAUGUUUUGACAGCUGCGAGCAGGACAUAUCAGGAAAGAGACUGAUAGAACAGACAAACAUGCAAAGAUUUUUACAGUAUCCAGAUUGGGUUGUGUCUGCUGCAUCCCAUGUAUUAUGUAAAUAUAGACCAUUAUGAAUGAA